AUGGCCACCCACCGCUUUGACCCCAAUUUCACCGACACUGUCGUCAGCGCGAUGGGCGACAAUGUCAACCCGCGGUUCCGACAGCUCAUGUCAUCGUUGAUUCGACAUGUACAUGACUUUGCGCGCGAGAACGAACUCACUAUUGACGAGUGGAUGGCCGGUGUGCAGCUCUUGAAUUGGGCGGGGCAGAUGAGCGAUGCGAAGCGCAAUGAGGGGCAGUUGGUUUGCGACGUUAUUGGUCUUGAGUCACUCGUCGAUGAAAUCACAUUCAAGCUCGCCGAUGAAGCCACCGACGCUCCAACCGCAACCGCAAUCCUGGGCCCCUUCUUCCGCGCCGACACACCUUUCCGCUCAAACGGGGAGAACAUCGUUAAGACCGUCCCGAAAGACGGCAAGGGCGAGAUCGCAUUCAUGAACGGGCGGGUUAUGGACUUUGAGACGAAGAAGCCGCUUGUUGGCGCGGUGGUUGAGGUGUGGCAGGCGUCCACGAAUGGGUUGUAUGAGCAGCAGGAUUCCGAGCAGGAGGAGUUCAAUCUCCGCGGGAAGUUUAAGACGGACGAGAAUGGGCUCUACUCGUUUUACUGUCUGCGGCCGACGCCAUACCCUGUUCCUGAUGAUGGACCUGCGGGGAAGUUGUUGAAGCUCAUGGAUAGACAUCCGUUCCGGCCGGCGCAUAUUCAUAUUAUCGCAACAUACGAUGGCUACAGGCCGCUCACAACCCAGAUCUUCGACCGCAAGGAUCCGUACCUGACGAACGACUCGGUCUUCGCGGUGAAGGACUCGCUGAUCGUUGAUUUUGUUGAGCGCAAGGGCGACCCUCAAGCUGGCAUUGAGCUGAACUACGAUGUAAGAUUGGUCGCGGAUGAGUCGAAGACUAACGGCGCUUGA